AUUUCCUCCUGUCUCUCUGUCCGUAGGGAGUUUAAUGCCUCAGAGAUCCCUGAACUGGAGGAGAACUACUGCAGGAACCCGGACAAACGUGCUGAGGGCCCCUGGUGUUACACUACGGACCCUAGCGUCCAGAAAGAGACCUGCAGAGUCCCCGUAUGUGGUGAGGCCUUUGACCCGCCCACUUUAGCCCCUGCACCAGUCAACACUGGAGAAUGUUUGCCUAACCAUGGUGUUGACUACGCUGGCGAUCUAUCUGUCACCUUGGGGGGCCACACCUGUCUGCCGUGGUCCUCAACAGUGGUGGUGGCCCUCAGUCGAAACAAAGAGUUCAUCCCCGAGAUCACGCUGACGGCCAACAAGUGCCGUAACCCCGACAGUGACCCCGAGGGGCCCUGGUGCUACGUGGAGGUGGCGGGAAACGUGACGAUAGACUACUGUGACUUGGACGUGUGUGAUGACUCCUUGAUGGAGGAUGAGUUCAGCGAGACUGGAGGCCAGGAACGCUCCGUCCUCAAACCGACCAAGAAACUUUUCUUCGACCCUCGAACCUUUGGACAAGGAGAGAGCGUGUGCGGAGAGCGCCCUCUGUUUGAAAGAAUUAAUAAAAAGGACGGCAAAGAGAAUGAGCUGCUGGAGUCGUACAGAGGUCAACGGAUUGUGGGAGGAAAUGACGCCGAGCCUGCCUCAUCACCAUGGCAGGUGAUGCUGUACAAGCGUCGUCCUCAGGAGCUGCUGUGUGGAGCCAGUCUCAUCAGCAACCAAUGGGUCCUCACCGCCGCUCACUGCGUCCUCUACCCACCCUGGGGCAAGAACUUCACCGUCAACGACAUCCUGGUCCGCCUGGGGAAACACAACAGAGGAAAGUAUGAGAAAGAAACCGAAAGGAUCGUGGCGCUCAGUGAAAUCAUCGUCCACCCGAGGUACAACUGGAAGACGAAUCUGAACCGGGACAUCGCUCUGCUGCAGCUCAGACAGCCAAUCACAUUCAGUGAUGAGAUCCACCCCAUCUGCCUGCCCACCAAGGCGGUGGCAAAGGCGUUGAUGACGUUGGGAUAUAAAGGUCGAGUGACGGGCUGGGGAAACCUUCAGGAGACAUGGAACCCCUCCAACCGGAGGUUACCUGAUGUCCUGCAGCAGAUCCAUCUACCAAUCCAGGACCAAAGGACCUGUAGACAGUCAACGUCAGUCAAGAUCACCAGCAACAUGUUCUGUGCUGGAUUUAGCCCAGAGGACAACAAACGUGGAGACGCCUGUGAGGGAGACAGCGGUGGACCGUUUGUGAUGAAGUACCCAGAGGAGAACCGCUGGUAUCAGAUAGGCAUUGUGUCCUGGGGUGAGGGCUGCGACCGCGAUGGGAAGUACGGCUUCUACACUCACCUGUUCAGGAUGGGCAGGUGGAUCCGGAAAACAAUUGACAGGGAGGGAGGAGAUGAUGAUGAAUAGACACACUUUCUGUGUCAUGAUGCCAAUAAAGUUUGACCACAUCCUAA